AUGGGUCUCGCAGGAACAAAGGUUAAACAAAGAUUUGGAUUAGAUCCACGUAACACGAACUGGUCUAAUGAUACUUCAAGAUUUGGACAUCAGUAUUUAGAAAAGCUUGGUUGGGAACCUGGUAAGGGUUUAGGAUUGGUGCAACAUGCAAUCACAUCUCACGUAAAAGUUUCCAUUAAAGACGAUAAUGUUGGAUUGGGAGCCAAAUUAAAGAAGAAAAGCAAAGACUCUUUUGACGAUGAUGAGGCACAUGGUCUUGAUGCUUUCCAGAGAAUUCUUGGAAGGUUGAACGGUAGGGAAACUGAAAUCGAUAAGGAAUUAGAGAGGCAGAGAAAGGAUAAAAUCAUAAAUGGUAAGCUUGGUAUACAAUUUGUCAAAGGAGAUGUUUUGAAAAGUACUUGGGAUGCAGAUGCGAAAAAACUCAAAGAUAACAAAGAUGAAAACGAUAAAAAGUCCAAGAAGAGGAAGAGAACAGACGACGAUUCCUUAGAUGAAUCUAAGAAACAGAAAAAAGAUAAGAAAGAAAAGAAAGAAAAAAAGGAAAAGAAGGAAAAGAAGGAAAAGAAGCAAAAGAAAGAAAAGAAAGAAAAGAAGGAGAAGAAAGAAAAGAAAGAAAAGAAGGAGAAGAAAGAAAAGAAAGAAAAGAAGGAAAAGAAAGAAAAGAAAGAAAAGAAAGAAAAGAAGGAAAAGAAAGAAAAGAAGGAAAAGAAAGAAAAGAAGGAGAAGAAAGACAAAGCAGAUAAAGAGGGUAAGGUUGAUAAGAGAUCUGUGGAAACAAGUACAAACGUGAAGCCCAUAGCGACAAGAUUGUCUGCCAGAUCGAAAUACAUUAAGCAGAAAAGGGCAUCAGUAAUGGACCAAAAAUUACUAAACGAAAUAUUUAUGAUUACGAAGUGA